CCCAGCCGGCCGUUCCAAUCCACUCCCCCGGUUAUUCUUUUCGAUUCCCACCCCCGUCUCCUCAUCGCGCUCACGACCACGCCCCAGCGCCUUUGCUGCCCGCACCACCACAACACCGCACUCCAACGCCACCGUCCCACCCCGUCCCCGUCGCUUUCGUUCGUCAUCGGCGCCUUCCCUUCCCCCGCACGGAACCUCAGCAGCGGUAUAAGCCUAUAAGGCAGUCCUAUCCCCCGCCGCACCAUGGCCCCCGCAUCGCUCUCCGCCCCGCACGCCCUCUCCCUCCUCGCGCCCCCUAGAGUCGCGUCCGGGAGGAGGAGGAGCUUGUCCGUGCCGGUCGCGGUCUGGCCGGUGACCGGGGUGUCCGUCGCGGCGGGGAGGAGGCUUGUGGCGGCGGCGGCGGCGACGGAGAUGGCGCCUGCGGCGAGCGAGGAAGAGGGGAAGGCGUUUGUGGAGGAGAUGCGGGCGGUGGCCAUGCGGCUGCACACCAAGGACCAGGCCAGGGAGGGGGAGAAGGAGCCCCAGGCGCCGCCCGUCGCCAAGUGGGAGCCCUCCGUUGAGGGGUACCUCCGCUUCCUCGUCGACAGCAGGCUCGUCUUCCAGACGCUCGAGGACAUCGUCGACCGCGCCGCCGUCCCCUGGUAUGCUGAGUUCCGGAAUACUGGGUUGGAGAGAUCAGAGGCACUCAAGAAGGAUUUGGAAUGGUUCAGGCAACAGGGCCACACAAUUCGAGAACCAUCUGCUCCUGGUACUACAUACGCUUCCUAUCUGGAAGAGCUGUCUGAGAGGGACCCCCAGGCAUUUAUCUGCCAUUUCUAUAAUGUGUACUUUGCUCACACUGCUGGAGGCCGGAUGAUUGGAAAAAAGGUUGCCGAGAAGAUUCUGAACAAGAAAGAGCUGGAGUUCUACAAGUGGGAAGGUAACCUUUCCCAGCUGCUGCAGAAUGUCCGCAACAAGCUUAACCAAGUUGCUUCGAGCUGGUCUCGGCAGGAGAAGGACCAUUGUCUUGAGGAGACGGAGAAGUCGUUCGCGUACUCUGGAGACCUCCUCCGCCAUAUAUUCACCUGAUAUACGAUCGUUGUCUGAUUCAAUCACAAACGCUGUAAAUACAUAAUCCGUGACUGAUCAGACUCUCUUAACUGGGGAGGGAGACUCUACCAGGUGUGAUAUGCCUUGCCAAAUGUCAAGAACCCCUCGGUUUGGUGGGCC